CGUUUCUGUUGCCGCCGCCGUUGCCGCCAUCGUCGGGUCCGCCCAGCCUCACAUCCCGGGCAUUUUCCUGGGAUCUGGACUGUCGGCUGCUGGCUGGAGCGGUCCCCCUUUGAACAGAGCUUCGGCCCGGCAAAACACAGAUUAAUGAUGUCUCAUUUUUCUAUUGAAGAUGAAGCUCUCUUGCAACCUAUGCUCAGACAGUUAUUGCAAAGUGUCAAAGAAAAAAUCACAGGAGCACCAUCUGUAGAAUGUGCCGAAGAGAUUCUACUCCAUUUGGAAGAAACAGAUGAGAACUUUCAUAACUAUGAAUUUGUAAAGUAUCUUAGAGAAUAUAUAAGUAACAUCUUGGGGUCCGUAAUAGAAGAAGAAACUGAAAAAUGUACAUCAGCCCAAAAUCAGGGGGAAGGUUCGAAUUAUGACACUCUGGUACAGCAUGUUACUAAAAAGACCCGGGAAUCAAAGGAGUAUAGAGAAAUGAUGCAUUCGCUGAAGAAUGUCAUGAUGGUUGUAGUUGAAUCGCUAAUUAACAAGUUUGAAGAAGAUCAAAUGCGCUACAAAGAGAUGCAAAGAAAAGUGAAAACAGAACCACCCAACAGUUAUUAUGCAGAUAACUGUUCUGAUAGCGAUUCUUCCUUUAACCAGAGUUACACAUUUAUGAAUCAAGAACAAUUACAGCUGCUUGUAGAAAGACUCGAUCCGGCGCAACCUAAGGAGGUCCGCCAAGAAGCCAUUCAAACCUUGUGUUCUGCACCCCCAUCUGAUAUUUUAAAUUGUGAAAGUUGGAGUACCUUGCGUAAAUAUCUUGCAACAGCACUCUCAGAUCCUGAUUCCAGUUUCAGUGAUAAAGUCUUGAAAUUUUAUGCCAAGACAUUUUCCUCCUCUCCAUUAAAUAUGACAAGAGAACUCUAUACAAGCUUAGCAAAGUACUUAGAGGCAUAUUUUCUUGCUGAAGAUAAUUACAUUCCUAGUGUGUCAAUGGGUAUUGACAUAAGUAACCCAGACAUAAUACGUUUACUUAAAAAGAUGCGACUCCUGAAUGAGUACCAGAGAGAAGUAUCUUCUUUUUGGAUACGUCAUCCAGAAAAGUACAUGGAAGAAAUAAUGGAGAGUACUUUAUCCCUUCUGGCUGUAAAGCAUAAUAAUUUAAGUCAAAUGGCUUCUUCUGAAUUUUGGGAUCCACUAUACUUUUUGGCUUUGGUUGAUCUCAAAGCUGUGUGGUUUAAAAAAUGGAUGCAUGCCUACUACAGCAGAACAGUAGUGUUAAGGCUACUUGAAAAGAAAUACAAAUCUUUGAUCAUUGCAACUGUUGAGCAGUGUGCCACCUAUUUGGAAGCUUGUGAGUCAGCAGUGAAUGGAUCAAGAAUGUUUAAUCUAUUUUCCACACCACAUAAUAGUAAUAAACAGAAGAAUUUCUACACAGGAAAAGAAUUGCAAUAUAUUUAUUUUGUUCAUUCCCUGAGCCUCUUAGGCAGCUUAUUAAUAUAUAAACAAGGCAGAAAACUCUUUCCUAUUCAACUGAAAAACCGAAAAGAUCUGAUGACACUGAAAGACCUCAUCAUAAUGUUUACGCGUCUUAUUUAUUGCUCCCCAAAUUGCCCCAAACCCCUUACUGUGCAUUCAGGUAAUUAUUCUCCAGCUGGCCUCAUUACUGAUAUACUCCGGGUCCUUUGUGAUGGAAAGGAAUGUGCAACUGAAUGUCUAUAUACAAAUACAGUAAUAGAAGAACUUCUUCAACCACUACAUUACUUACUAAAAGGAACAGAGGUGAAUUUGAAUUGUCCAGAAACAACUCUAACACAUAUAGCUGAUAUUUUGGCGCGAAUUGCUGCUGCAGACGAUGGUCUUUCACUACUUCUUUAUGGAGGAGAGAAGUCGCCUGCCACAGAAAGCACAAGCCUUAAGGGUGCACAUAUUAUUGCCCAGUUUACAAAGAAGCUUCUUGAUGAAGAUAUUUCUGUUUUGUCUGGGUCUGAGAUGUUACCAGUCCUCAAAGGAGCUUUUAUCUUUGUAUGCCGCCAAAUGUAUAGUACCUGCGAAGGCCUAGAGGUGCUGCUGCCUUAUCAGUUACAUAAAUCUAUUGCUGAAGCUUGGAAAAAGACUAGUUUGCUUUUAGAUAGAAUUCCAACACCUAUAGCUGGGGUAGACACUGUUUCUUCAGUAAACCAAGAAUCUCAGAGUUGUAUUGUAUUAGAAGAAACGUUGUUGGAUGACUUGUUAAAUUUUGCCACCACCCCGAAAGGUCUUCUCCUUUUACAGAACACAGGAACAGUCACUGAAUGUGUCACCUUCAUGUUCAAUAGGUUCAUGAAGAACCUCCAGGUGAGUGGAUGUGAAAAGUUUGGCUAUGGAGUAAUUGUUUCACAAGUAGCUGCAACUGCCCCUGGGGCUGCAGCUCUACAAAAUUCGGGAUUUAUAAAGGCCCUUAUUACUGAGUUGUGGGGUGUUCUGGAGUGUGGAAGAGAUGAUGUCCGAAUGACUCACCCUAGACCAACACCAGUAGAUCCAAUUGACCGAAGCUGUCAAAAGUUUUUCCUAGCACUGAUAAAUUUGCUGUCCUGCCCUGCUGUUUAUGAACUGAUAGGUGACCAAGAGAUACCUAAUAAAGCAGAGUAUUCUCUUCGUGAAGUUCCUACAGAUGUUGUUGAUAUAAUUGACAGGCUUAUAGUUGUUAACACUGAAGCUAAAAUCCAUUCAUUAUUCAACUAUGAGCAGUCUCAUAUCUUUGGACUGAGGUUAUUAAAUGUGCUAUGCUGUGAUCUAAAUACCCUUCUGCUUCUAGAAUCUCAAUACAAGGUAUCAGAAGUGCUUUUAGAUGCUCAGAAUGAAAAUGCCAUCAGUAUUUCUGAAACUCCUCGGCAAUUUAUAAUCGAUGGCUUAUCGGUUGAGAGAAACCAUAUUCUCGUUAGAAUAAGUCACGUCGGGGGCCCCACCGAACGGAUCUUGCCUCCAAGAGUACUGCAUAAGGGUGAUGAUCCAUAUCCUUGGCCAAUGUUUUCGUCAUAUCCUUUGCCAGCAUGCUAUCUUGCUGAAUUUCCUAGAAAAAACCAUUCAAGAAAAGAUGACGAUGUUAGCAAACUUUUAUCUGUAUUAAAAAACCCAAAUAAACAGACAGGAUGGCUUGAAAAUGUUCAAAGGCAGUUUUGUGAAAUCAUGCAAAAGAAACCAGAUGUCAUAAGUGGAGCCAAUUUGGCAGAAUUAAUUGAAAAAACCGUGUUGCACCUCUUUGAAAUACCAUCAGAACAUUAUUUCAGCAGCAAGGUAUAUGAAGCUGAUGUAAAUAUGGAGAUUAAAAACCUUACAGCAAUUCAGCAAGUUGGAAUUAAAAUGACAAUCAGCUAUGGUAAACAUUUGAAUCUGUUGAAGGAGAAUGCAGAAAAUGAUCUAUAUCAAGUACUAAUCUACUGUGAGAAAUAUUUGAAACAACAGAAAGUACCUUUAAAGAAAUCAUUACAUAAUCAGCUGGACGGAUACGUAUGCUAUGACUGGUUUGUAUCUUCUGUGUUUCUAAUAAUGAUGGGAAAUCGAGAGAAGACAUUAACAUUUCUCCACCAGUUCUCUUAUCUUCUUGUUUCAGCCUUUCUUUGGGCACCACGGCUGCAUAAUUCUGUAAGAUUUCAAAAGAAACUUAACCUUGACAAAUUGCUUUGAGCAUUUUUAGUGAAUGCUUAUUAAUUUAGCCUCUUUAAAAGGGCACUCACUUAAGGACUUUCUAACUGGAUAUUUCAUCCGUAAAAACGUUCUCCAUGCCCCAAAAAAAAAAUGUGGAUUUGACAUCAGUUCAGUUUUCUAACAGGAGGAGAAAAUAGACCAAUAUCAAGUGUAGUUAUUGGAUUUUAAAAUGAGAAGUAAGAUACACUUUAUUAGCAGUGUUAAAUUGUG